AUGAAGGCCAUUCGGCGAUCCUUGAAAGGGGAGAAAGAUCCCAAACAUCACCACAUCUCCAUUACUCCCAAGUCUGCUGUUGCUAUUUUGCCUCCUAAGAAAGUGAUCAAAGCUCUCUACGACUACCAACCGGAGGGAACAUCUCAGGAAUUGGCAUUCAGCAAGGGAGAUUUUUUUCACGUUAUAAGCAGGGAGGACGACUCAGAUUGGUACGAGGCGUGUAAUCCGCUGAUCCCCAGUGCUAGGGGGCUCGUGCCCGUCUCCUUUUUUGAGGUUAUCGGCAAAAACGAGAGGGAUAGUGGGGGUUCCGCCGACUUGCCCCAGGACUACUCUUUCUCCGACCGCACCGAUUCCGCCACCACCAAAAACGGCGCAUUCAGAAUGUCUGCUCUUAAGGGCCAGGGCGCCAUGGUCUAUGGCAUUGUUCAGUAUGACUUUCAGGCUGAGCGACCCGAUGAAUUGGACGCAAAGGCUGGCGAGGCCAUUAUUGUCAUCGCCCAGUCCAACCCGGAAUGGUUUGUCGCCAAACCCAUUGGUCGCCUUGGUGGCCCCGGCCUCAUCCCCGUCUCGUUCAUUGAGUUGCGCGAUAUGCAGAGUGGUCAGGCUGUGACUGAUCCGCUGGACGCGGUGCGACGCGCCGGGGUCCCCAAGGUCGAGGAAUGGAAGAAAAUGACCGCGGAAUAUAAGAACAGCAGUAUCACUCUAGGCAAGAUUGAAUCUGGCCACGGUGGCAGCAUGAUGGGCGUCACCUCGGGCAUGGACAAAAUGUCCAUGGGCCACCAGAGCCAGAUGAGUCAAAACGGCAACAACCAUGAACACCACCAGCGCAAUGCCAGCAAGGGAACCAUUUCGCAGGCGCCCAUGCCACAACAGCAAGGCUACCCCCUCCUCGUCCCCGUGUCCGCUUAUAUUCCCCGCUACUGUUUCGACAACGACAAAUAUUGGUAUAUCAUCGAGGCAAAGAUGGAGGAUGGACGCUGCUGGGAACUGUCGCGUUACUAUCAUGACUUCUACGACUUCCAAAUUGCUCUUUUGACUCAAUUUGAAGAUGAAGCCGGUAACCGUGGUCGUGCGCGAACUUUGCCCUUCAUGCCUGGUCCUGUCACUCAUGUGACCGAUGCCAUCUCCAAUGGCCGCCGACAGAACCUCGACGAAUACAUCAAGAAGCUCCUGUCCAUGCCCCCGCAUAUCUCCCGCUGUCCGCUUGUCCGAGAACUCUUCGCUCCCCGUGAAGGGGACUUUGAGAUCGAUCCGAGUGCUUUUGGAGAGGAUGCCCGGUACUCAGGUGGAUCUCAACAAUCUGGCGGCGUGGAUCCCUCGCAAAGUGUAUCGCGCCAGUCUUCGCAGCAGCAAAUCAAUGCCCCCGCGGAUCGCGCAUCUCAGCAACGCACACAGACCCCUGUGGCCUAUGCCAAUGGCCAACCACCCAUGAACCGUCAGCCCAGCUCGCUCACUCAAGCCUCUGGCGCAUCAACCAACAGCGCCAUGAAAGUCAAGGUCUUCUUCCAGGAUGACUUAAUUGCCAUUCGAAUUCCAGCUGGCGUGAGCAUGCAACACCUCAAGGACAAGCUCUCUGAUCGGUUGAAAAUCCAGGAAGAGAUUAUUGUGCAAUACCGCGAUGAAUCGACCGGCUCUUACGUUGACCUCCACACCGAUCAAGAUCUGGAAAGCGCCAUGCAGCGGAACACCAAGCUGACUCUCUUUGUCAGCAUCGCAUAA